AUGCAAGUCUUCUAUCUCGUGCUCGUGGCUUCAUCGGCAGUGUGUGCCGAAAGUACCGCAAGCUCAAGUACUGCAGCUCACGACUACCAAGUGGCUGUCCGCUCAUUUGCCGGUGACCAAGACAGCACCCCACCCACGAGUUUGAUGCCGUCAGAUGGGACGUUGGACGAUGAAGUGAGGUCGACGACGUACAUCGAUCGCUUCGUAUCGAAGCUGAAGGUGGUUUGUUCCAAGUUGCUAGAAAAGGAUCGGAACGCACUUCACUUAAAACUGACGGACGGCUUAGAACGCUCACGAGAUGGUAUCAUCAAGAUGCUGCAAGAUCCAAGGAUGAAGACCAUGAUGGCGCACUACACGGCCAGCGAAUUGGUCGAGGAAAUCUUGGUUUCGUUUAAGGGUGUCGACCUAGUGCUGGCGCUUGCUCAAGCACAACGAUCCCGCGAUGAGACCAUCGCGAAGAUUGCAACGGAAUUGUUGCAAGUGCAAUUUCGGUCAUGGAUGGCUGAUGGUAAAGAUGCUGUCAAGACCGCUUUCCAGCAACUGAAGCUAGGCAGCAUUAAGGUUGAUGAAUACGUCUAUUUUGAUUGGAAAGUAAUCGUCCUGGACAAUUUCAUCACGGCCUGCAACAACUUCAAGUACAACAAGAUGGAACCGAUAAGGGCCGACGGCAAGCUGGUCAACAAGGAAAAAGUGGUGCAUGCCCUGACGAAAGGGUUCGGUGGCGUGAGCGAGUUUGUGAGCGUGAUAGGUGGCGCAAUCGUUUCAGACGGUCAAAAGCCGAUGGGAGCCCAGCUAUCGCAAGUUUUGCAGAAUGUUUGGAAAGAUAUUGACAAGUUGUCACCAGCACGUGUUGUGACCUUGAUGAGGCAAGAAGGUGACCAGAAAGCUCUAUCGGGCGAAUGUUUGCAAACGCUUUCAGCGUAUAUUGCAAGUUAUCACCAGAUGAAGAAUACUCCGCUGUCACUCUUGGUCUAUACGCUAUCCGAUGGAUUUGGAGAUAAACAGCAUCUGAUCGAUGUGCUGUCAAACAUGCCAAAAGACGGUGAAGUGUUUCGUAAUUGGGGAAUUCGGGAGUUUCUGUCAAAAGAUGCCCCGGAAACGUCGUCAGCGAGGGAGACGCAAAAUCGGUCGUGGAGAAGUCCACUGCGCAUUGGAUAG